UCACAUUGAGGCGAGGAAAAAAAUACAUACAUCCCCGAAGAGCGAUCCGAGCUCUCGUCGUUCGUCGUCCAUUCUCCUGGUUCAACCAAACCAACACUUCGUGCGCUAUUUUUUAUAUAAAAACAAAACAAGAAGAUGGACGCCUCUGGGAAAGUGCUGGAGACAGCCGAGGACAUCCAGGAGCGUCGGCUGCAGGUGCUCGACCGCUACCGACGCUUCAAGGACCUGUCCGUGUUGCGGCGGCAGAAGCUGGAGGACUCUUACCGCUUCCAGUUUUUCCGCCGCGACGCUGACGAGCUGGAGAAGUGGAUCCAGGAGAAGCUGCAGAUCGCCUCCGAUGAGAACUACAAGGACCCGUCCAACCUGCAGGGUAAGCUGCAGAAACAUCAGGCCUUUGAAGCUGAAGUUCAGGCCAACGCCGGAGCCAUCAUCAAACUGGACGACACCGGAAACCUCAUGAUCAACGAGGGACACUUUGCCUCUGAGACCAUUCGAACUCGUCUGGAGGAGCUGCAUCGACUGUGGGACCUCCUGCUGCAAAAGACCAAGGAAAAAGGCACGCGUCUCCUGCAGGCGCAGAAACUGGUCCAGUACCUGCGCGAGUGCGAGGAUGCCCUGGACUGGAUCAGUGAUAAGGAGGCCAUCGUCACCUCUGAGGAGCUGGGCCAGGACCUGGAGCAUGUUGAGCUCCUGCAGAAGAAAUUUGAGGAGUUCCAGACGGACCUGGCGGCCCAUGAGGAGCGCGUGAACGAGGUGAACCAGUUGGCGUCCAAGCUGAUCCAGGAGACGCACCCCGAGGCCGAGCUCAUCGUCCGCAAGCAGGAGGAGGUGAACGCUGCGUGGCAGCGGCUGAAGGGCCUGGCCCAGCAGAGGCAGGGCAAGCUGUUCGGAGCUGCCGAGGUGCAACGAUUCAACAGGGAUGUGGACGAGACCAUCAGCUGGAUCAAGGAGAAAGAGCAGCUCAUGGCCUCCGACGACUUUGGUCGUGACCUGGCCAGUGUUCAGGCUCUGCUGCGAAAACAUGAGGGUCUGGAGAGAGACCUGGCUGCUCUGGAGGACAAGGUCAACACUCUGGGUGGAGACGCAGAGCGCCUGCAGGAGACGCAUCCACAAAAUGCCGCCCAGAUCCACCUGAAGAAGGACGAGCUGGUCACUAACUGGGAACAGAUCCGCACUCUGGCUGCCGAGCGUCACACCCGCCUCAACGACUCUUACCGGCUGCAGCGUUUCACUGCAGACUUCAGGGAUCUGACCAGCUGGGUGACGGAGAUGAAGGCCCUGAUCAACGCUGAUGAACUGGCCAAUGACGUGGCCGGAGCUGAGGCUCUGCUCGACCGCCACCAGGAGCACAAGGGUGAAAUUGAUGCUCACGAGGACAGUUUCAGAUCCACUGAUGAAGCUGGACAGGCUUUGCUCAACACAGGACACUACGCCUCAGACGAGGUCAAGGAGAAGCUGGGCAUCCUGACUGAGGAGAAGGAGUCUCUGCUGGAACUGUGGGAGGUUCGCAGGCAGCAGUACGAGCAGUGCAUGGACCUGCAGCUCUUCUACAGAGACACAGAGCAAGUCGACAACUGGAUGAGCAAACAAGAGGCUUUUCUCCUGAAUGAAGAUCUUGGUGACUCCCUGGACAGUGUCGAGGCUCUGCUGAAGAAACAUGAAGACUUUGAGAAGUCACUUAGUGCCCAGGAGGAGAAGAUCACUGCCCUGGAUGAGUUUGCCACCAAGCUGAUUCAGAACAACCACUACGCCAAAGAAGACGUGGCUACACGCAGAGAUGCUCUUCUCAGCCGUCGUAACGCUCUGCAUGAGCGAGCUCAGUCUCGCCGUGCUGCCCUGGAGGACUCGUUCCACCUGCAGCAGUUCUUCAGGGACUCUGACGAGCUCAAGAGCUGGAUCAACGAGAAGAUGAAGACAGCCACAGAUGAAUCUUACAAGGAUCCUUCCAACCUUCAGGGUAAAGUUCAGAAACACCAGGCUUUCGAAGCAGAACUGUCUGCCAACCAGAGCCGCAUCGACGCUCUGCAGAAGUCAGGCCAGGAGCUGCUGGACGGGAAACAUUACGCCUCCACUGAGGUGGACGGUCGCAUGGAGGAGGUCAGCUCCCAGUGGAAGAAACUGCUGGAGGCUACAGAGCUGAAAGGCAUCAAGCUGCGUGAGGCCAACCAGCAGCAGCAGUUCAACAGGAACGUUGAGGACAUCGAGCUGUGGCUGUAUGAGGUCGAGGGUCACCUGGCGUCAGACGACUACGGAAAAGACCUGACCAGCGUCCAGAACCUGCAGAAGAAGCAUGCUCUGCUGGAGGCAGACGUGGCUGCUCACCAGGACCGCAUCGAAGGCAUCACCAUUCAGGCACGUCAGUUCCAAGAGGCCGGACAUUUCGAUGCCGACAACAUCCGUAAGAAACAGGAGGCUCUGGUCACUCGUUACGAAGCUCUGCGCGAACCGAUGGCUGCGCGUAAGCAGAAACUGUCCGACUCCCUCAGGCUCCAGCAGCUGUUCAGAGACGUGGAGGACGAGGAGACGUGGAUCCGAGAGAAAGAGCCCAUUGCUGCCUCCACCAACAGAGGCAAAGACCUGAUUGGAGUCCAGAACUUGCUGAAGAAGCACCAGGCUCUGCAGGCUGAGAUCACCGGGCAUGAGCCGCGCAUUAAGGCUGUCUCCCAGAAAGGAGAUGCCAUGGUCGAAGAAGGACACUUUGCUGCUGACGACGUGAAAGUGAAGCUGGCUGAACUGCACGGACGCUGGGACACGCUGAAGGCCAAAGCCUCUCAGAGGAGACAGGACCUGGAGGACUCGCUGCAGGCUCAGCAGUACUUUGCUGAUGCUAACGAGGCCGAGUCGUGGAUGAGGGAGAAGGAGCCGAUCGUGGGGAGUGUCGACUACGGCAAAGACGAGGACUCUGCUGAGGCUCUGCUGAAGAAGCACGAGGCUCUGAUGUCCGACCUGAGCGCCUACGGCAGCAGCAUCCAGAGCCUGAAGGAACAGGCUCAGUCCUGCAGGCAACAAGUGGCACCAACUGAUGAUGAGACCGGGAAGGAGCUGGUCCUGGCCUUGUAUGACUACCAGGAAAAGAGCCCGCGUGAAGUGACCAUGAAGAAGGGCGACAUCCUCACUCUGCUCAACAGCACCAACAAGGACUGGUGGAAGGUUGAGGUGAACGACCGCCAGGGCUUCGUUCCUGCUGCUUACGUGAAGAAACUGGACCCGACACAGUCGUCCUCUAGGGAAAACCUGCUGGACGAACACGGCAGCAUCGCCCUGCGUCAGGACCAGAUCGAUAAUCAGCCAGUCACCAAGGAGGCCUGCAGCGUGUCUGUGCGCAUGAAGCAGGUGGAAGAGCUGUAUGGAACUCUGCAGGAGCUCGGAGACAAACGCAAGGACAUGUUGGAGAAGAGCUGUAAGAAGUUCAUGUUGUUCCGUGAAGCCAACGAGCUGCAGCAGUGGAUCCACGAGAAGGAAGGUGCCCUCACUAACGAGGAGGUCGGCUCUGACCUGGAGCAGGUGGAGGUCCUGCAGAAGAAGUUUGACGACUUCCAGAAGGACCUGAAGGCCAACGAGUCUCGUCUGAGGGACAUCAACAAAGUGGCGUCUGAGCUGGAGUCUGAAGGUCUGAUGGCGGAGGAGGCUCCCAUGGUUCAGGCUCAGCAGCAGGAGGUUCUUGGAGCUGCACCUGGAACGGAUGAAGCCGAUUCUAAGACUGCGUCUCCAUGGAAGAAUAUACGCUUGGCUGUUCAAACAACGGCUAACUUUAAUACUAUCAAGGAGCUGAAUAAUCGCUGGCGCUCACUGCAGCAGCUGGCUGAGGACAGGAGCAACAUGCUGGGCAGCGCUCACGAGGUGCAACGAUUCCACAGAGACGCCGAUGAAACUAAAGAGUGGAUCGAGGAGAAGAACCAGGCCCUCAACACCGACAACUAUGGUCACGACUUGGCCAGCGUCCAGGCUCUGCAGCGCAAACACGAAGGCUUCGAGCGAGACCUGGCAGCCCUCGGCGACAAGGUGAACUCUCUGGGUGAGAUGGCCGAGCGUCUGAUCCAGUCCCACCCCGAGGCCGUGGACGACAUCCAGGAGAAGUGCACCGAGCUCAACACGGCCUGGAGCAGCCUGGUGGGACGUGCUGACCAACGCAAGGACAAGCUGGGCAACUCCCACGACCUGCAGCGCUUCCUGUCCGACUUCAGAGAUCUGAUGUCGUGGAUUAACGGCAUCCGAGGAUUAGUGUCUUCAGAGGAACUGGCUAAAGACGUGACCGGAGCUGAGGCUCUUCUGGAAAGACACCAGGAACAUCGCACAGAGAUCGACGCUCGUGCCGGAACCUUCCAGGCCUUUGAACAGUUUGGUCAGCAGCUGCUGGCCCGAGGCCACUACGCCAGCCCUGAGAUUCAGCAGAAACUGGAGGCUCUGGACCACGAGCGCGCCGACCUGGAGCAGGCCUGGGUGCAGCGCCGUAUGAUGCUGGACCAGUGCCUGGAGCUCCAGCUCUUCAACAGAGACUGUGAACAGGCCGAGAACUGGAUGGCGGCUCGUGAAGCUUUCCUCGCCAGUGACGACAAAGGAGACUCUCUGGACAGCGUGGAAGCUCUGAUCAAGAAACACGAGGACUUUGACAAGGCCAUUAAUGUGCAGGAGGAGAAGAUCGCUGCUCUGCAGUCCUUCGCUGAUCAGCUGGUUGGAGCCGAUCAUUACGCCAAACCUGAGAUCUUCAACCGCCGCAAUGAAGUCCUCGACAGGUGGCGCCGUCUGAAGGCCCAGAUGAUUGAGAAGCGUUCUAAGCUGGGUGAAUCUCAGACACUGCAGCAGUUCAGCCGGGACGUGGACGAGAUUGAGGCGUGGAUCAGUGAGAAGCUGCAGACGGCAACUGAUGAGUCCUACAAGGAUCCCACUAACAUCCAGCUGUCCAAGCUGCUGAGUAAGCAUCAGAAACACCAGGCGUUUGAGGCGGAGCUUCACGCCAACGCAGACAGAAUCCGCGGAGUCAUCGACACCGGCAACGCCCUCAUCCAGAGAGGAGCAUGCGCCGGCAGCGAGGACGCCGUCAAGGUUCGUCUGAACGCUCUGGACGAACAGUGGCAGUUCCUCGUCAACAAGUCUGCAGAGAAGAGCCAGAAACUGAAGGAGGCCAACAAGCAGCAGAACUUCAACACGGGCAUCAAGGACUUUGACUUCUGGCUCUCUGAGGUGGAAGCUCUUCUUGCUUCUGAAGACUACGGCAAAGAUCUGGCCUCGGUCAACAACCUGCUGAAGAAACACCAGCUGCUGGAGGCUGAUAUUUCUGCCCAUGAGGAUCGUCUGAAGGAUCUGAACGGUCAGGCCGACAGCCUGAUGGGCAGCAUCGCCUUCGACACCUCGCUGGUGAAGGACAAGCGCGACGCCGUCAACGGCCGCUUCACCAAGAUCAAGAGCAUGGCCGUCGGCCGCCGCGCCAAACUCAACGAGUCGCACCGUCUGCACCAGUUCUUCAGGGACCUGGACGAUGAAGAGUCUUGGAUCAAAGAAAAGAAGUUGCUUGUGAGUUCGGAGGACUACGGACGUGAUUUGACGGGUGUACAGAAUCUGAGGAAGAAACACAAGAGACUGGAGGCCGAGCUGGGAGCGCACGAGCCGGCCAUUCAGUCGGUGCUGGACACUGGGAAGAAGUUGUCUGACGACAACACCAUUGGUCAGGAGGAGAUCCAGCAGAGACUCGCCCAGUUUGUCGACCACUGGAAGGAACUGAAAGACUUAUCUGGAGCGAGGGGUCAGAGGUUAGAGGAGUCGCUGGAGUACCAGCAGUUUGUGGCGAACGUGGAGGAGGAAGAAGCAUGGAUCAAUGAGAAGUUGAAUCUGGUGGGAAGUGAGGACUACGGUGAUACGCUGGCUGCUGUGCAGGGUUUACUGAAGAAACACGAGGCGUUUGAGACGGACUUCACCGUCCAUCGAGACAGAGUCAACGACGUGUGCACUAACGGAGACGAGCUCAUCAAGAAGAACAACCAUCACGUGGACAACAUCAGCGCCAAGAUGGCAGCGCUGCGAGAAAAAGUGUCAGAGCUGGAGAGGGCGGCGGCACAGAGGAAGGCCAAGCUGGACGAAAACUCCGCCUUCCUGCAGUUCAACUGGAAGGCCGACGUGGUCGAGUCCUGGAUCGGUGAGAAAGAAAACAGCCUGAAGACGGACGACUAUGGCAGAGACCUGUCCUCUGUCCAGACUCUGCUCACCAAACAGGAGACGUUUGACGCUGGCCUGCAGGCCUUCCAGCAAGAGGGCAUCACGAACAUCACGGCUCUGAAGGACCAGCUUCUGUCCGCCAAACACGUCCAGUCCAAAGCCAUCGAAGCUCGUCAUGCUGCGCUGAUGAAGCGCUGGAACCAGCUGUUGUCCAACUCCGCCUCUCGCAAGAAGAAGCUUCUGGAGGCUCAGGAGCAUUUCAGAAAGGUUGAAGAUCUGUUCCUGACAUUUGCCAAGAAGGCGUCAGCCUUCAACAGCUGGUUUGAGAACGCAGAGGAGGAUCUGACCGACCCGGUGAGGUGCAACUCUCUGGAGGAGAUCAAGGCGCUGCGCGAGGCCCACGAGGCGUUCCGCUCGUCGCUGAGCUCCGCUCAGGCCGACUACAACCAGCUGGCCGAGCUGGACCAGCAGAUCAAGAGCUACCAGGUGGUGUCCAACCCCUACACCUGGUUCACCAUGGAGGCCCUGGAGGAGACGUGGAGGAACCUGCAGAAGAUCAUCAAGGAGCGAGAGCUGGAGCUGCAGAAGGAGCAGAGACGACAGGAGGAAAACGACAAGUUACGUCAGGAGUUUGCACAGCACGCCAACGCCUUCCACCAGUGGCUGCAGGAGACCAGGACGUAUCUUUUGGACGGGUCGUGUAUGGUAGAAGAGUCUGGAACUCUGGAGUCACAGCUGGAGGCCACCAAGCGUAAGCACCAGGAGAUCCGGGCCAUGCGCAGUCAGCUGAAGAAGAUUGAAGACUUGGGCGCAGCCAUGGAAGAAGCUCUGAUCCUGGACAACAAGUACACGGAGCACAGCACGGUGGGUCUGGCACAGCAGUGGGACCAACUGGACCAGCUGGGAAUGAGGAUGCAGCACAACCUGGAGCAGCAGAUCCAGGCCAGGAACACCACAGGAGUGACGGAGGAGGCUCUGAAGGAGUUCAGCAUGAUGUUCAAACACUUUGAUAAGGAGAAGUCGGGUCGUCUGAAUCACCAGGAGUUUAAAUCGUGUCUGCGCUCGCUCGGAUACGAUCUGCCCAUGGUGGAGGAGGGAGAACCAGACCCAGAGUUUGAGGCCAUUCUCAACAUCGUGGAUCCAAAUAGGGAUGGAAACGUGUCGCUGCAGGAGUACAUGGCGUUCAUGAUCAGCCGUGAGACGGAGAACGUUAAAUCCAGCGAGGAGAUCGAGAGCGCGUUCCGAGCUCUGAGCGCCGAGAACAAACCAUACGUCACUAAAGAAGACCUGUACCAGAACCUGACGAAGGAACAGGCCGAUUACUGCCUCUCACACAUGAAGCCGUACCUCGACAGCAAAGGCCGCGAGCUGCCGACGGCCUUCGACUUUGUCGAAUUCACCCGCUCGCUUUUCGUAAACUAACCCCGCCCCCCCACCAGUGACCAAUCGGGAAGCGUUUUCCCACCACACUCACUCUCUCACUCACUCACGGCUGAAACUGCAUGAUCGCGACACUAGAAAUCCUCUCACGAUUAACGACAGUCUGUAUCUAUUUAUCUCGCUCUUCUUCUUCUCCUUCCAACGCUAACGUUAACGUCGCGCUUCUCAUGUUAGCAUCGUGACUCUUUGCAUUUUUGACUGUGAUGGUUUUAGCUGUUUUAGCUUUGUGCUUUCUGAUAGUGACGAUAAUGUGAAACCAUUUAUUAAAUAAUAACAAACUGCAGUGUGCUUUAAUAAACGCUACUGGUUAGAACUGGAA